AUGGCACCAAUCCAGUUUCAAGUGGGUGAAAAAUAUUUCACCGCAAACACAAAGACCCUUACAGAGGGGAGCGCAUGGUUUAAGAGCCUUUUCUCAGGAUCAGACAAAUUAGUCCUCAAAGAGGAUGGUACAAUAUUUAUAGACCGUGACGGUGAUCUCUUUGCGAUUGUCCUACGAUACCUUCGCAGUCAGAAAGUACCUGUCUUCUACAACAAAAUCUAUGGCCACAAUCACCUCUUAUAUGACCAGCUGUUGACCGAAGCGCGCUUCUACCAAAUCUCUUAUCUCGUAUACUACCUUGAGAACCGCUUCUACGCGGGAUACGUGGCGUCCGUGAAGGUCGAGAUUUUGGGACUUGACCACGGCGUCGAUGUCCCCUUGCCAGAUCGUGACGAUGAUACUGAUGUGCAAUACUAUCCACAGUGGUGUAGAAAAGAAGUCUACGUCUGCCCACGUCGUGUAGCAGUACAUAGAGGCAACCCGGGUGGCUGCGGACGAGAGUGCAGGGCUGCGCAAGGGGACAGGCCGUUGGAAUACGAAGACGAGUGGGUGCUGAAGACAACAGAAAUACGAACACAGACCAUUCUCAAACACAACAUGGACAGUGUGAAACCCUAA